GCCUUGGAUGAUUGCUGCAGUUUUAAUCAACUACCAAUGCUGCUGAGUUUGCUGCCUGGCAGCUAGCGAGAGUCGACGGUCGUGCAAUUUUUUUGUAUAUUUUUUUUUGUGUGUGUCCUCGUCUUCCAAAUCUGUUUGAGUCCUCCCGAACGCACGAAAAGUAUCGUGACGCCUCCUGUGUAAAAAUGUCCGAAGCUUUCGCAGUGGAAUAAGAAGCGUUCAGUGGAAAAAGGCGAGCGAGUCGGACGGCGAGGGAAAGCCGGGUAGGACCACGGCAUAGCCGCCUUAGCGCCACGGGGAGUCGGGGCCCGAGAGGGAGCCUGCCGGGGCCCUCGGCUUGAUGCGCCGCGCCUGCUUCUUCGACUCAGUCGCGCUCCGAGAUGGGGGAGACCAAAAUUAUCUACCACCUCGACGACCAGGAGACACCCUAUCUGGUGAAAUUAUCUGUACCGGCGGAUAAAGUCACUUUGGCAGACUUCAAAAAUGUCCUCAAGAAGCCAAAUUACAAGUUCUUCUUCAAAUCUAUGGAUGAUGACUUCGGGGUGGUAAAAGAGGAAAUAUCUGACGACAACGCCAAAUUACCCUGCUUUAAUGGACGUGUGGUGUCAUGGCUGGUCUCGGGAGACGGAGCACACACAGACGCUGGUUCAGUGGCAGACUUGGAGGCCACGCCCCCUAUGGAGAGGACAGGCGGCAUCGGAGACUCUCGACCACCUUCUUACCACGGGAAAGCAGCGAGCGGCCGGGACAGUUUGGACAACGACACAGAGACGGGCUCCGUGAUGUCGCAGAGAAAAGAGAGGGAGAAGCCAAGACGGAAACAUGCCGACCAAGGCGGGAGGCAAAACGGGUACUCGUCGCGGCCGGCGGGACGUGGAGGAGCCGAGUACGACAGCUGUUCCUCUUUCAUGAGCAGCGAGCUGGAGUCCACUUCCUGCUUUGAUUCCGAGGACGAUGACGCUACCAGCAGGUUUAGUAGCUCCACCGAACAGAGUUCCUCUCGUUUAAUGAGACGACACCGACGCCGCCGGCGGAAACCCAAAGCGUCCAAUCUGGACAGGUCCUCAUCAUUCAGCAGCAUCACAGACUCAACUAUGUCCCUCAACAUUAUUACGGUUACUCUCAAUAUGGAGAAGUACAACUUCUUGGGAAUCAGCAUUGUGGGCCAGAGUAACGAGAGAGGAGACGGCGGAAUUUACAUUGGCUCCAUUAUGAAGGGCGGCGCUGUGGCGGCCGAUGGACGCAUCGAGCCCGGAGACAUGCUCUUGCAGGUGAAUGACAUUAACUUUGAGAACAUGAGUAAUGACGAUGCUGUUCGAGUGCUAAGGGACAUUGUGCACAAGCCUGGUCCCAUAACUUUAACUGUGGCCAAGUGCUGGGACCCGAACCCACGAAGCUGCUUUGCACUGCCAAGAAGUGAGCCAAUUCGACCCAUUGAUCCUGCAGCGUGGGUGUCACAUACCGCAGCAAUGACUGGGGUGUAUCCUGCUUAUGGUAUGAGCCCUUCCAUGAGCACCGUCACUUCUACCAGCUCCUCCAUCAGCAGCUCCAUUCCAGAAACUGAACGAUUCGAUGACUUCCACCUCUCCAUUCACAGCGACAUGGCAACGGUUGCUAAGGCCAUGGCCUGUCCGGAGUCAGGCCUGGAAGUGCGAGACAGGAUGUGGCUAAAGAUCACCAUCGCUAACGCAUUCAUCGGUUCUGAUGUGGUGGACUGGCUCUUCCAUCACGUGGAAGGCUUCACAGAUCGCAGAGAGGCCCGUAAAUACGCAAGCAACUUGCUGAAGGCCGGCUACAUCCGGCACACCGUCAAUAAGAUCACUUUCUCGGAGCAGUGCUAUUAUGUAUUUGGAGAUCUCUGUGGCAAUAUGACCCACCUGUCUCUCCAUGACCAUGAUGGUUCCAGUGGGGGAGCCUCAGAUCAAGACACGCUCCCCCCGCUGCCUCACCCCGGGGCGGCUCCCUGGCCUCUGCCCUACCAGUUCCCUAUCCCUCACCCCUAUGACCUCCCGCAGCCCUUCCACGGUGGCCCAGCUGCUGGCAGCGCUGGAAGCCAGCACAGCGAGAGCAGCGGCUCCAACUGCAGCAAGAACGAGGGGCGUAAAUCCGGCGGCAGCGGGAGCGAGCCCGACAACAGGAGCCACCGCGCCCCAAGCGAGCGCUCUGCGGCUCCCCCUAGCGAGCGAAGCGUCCGCAGCCACCGCAGCGCCAACUCCCACUCGCCGGCCUACGGGCAAGGCCUGGUUUACGGCCCCCCGGGUCUGCCUCCGCAGCCGCCGCCGCAUCUGCCCACGUCGGCCCCCGGCGCCCCUCCAGGCAGAGAGCUGGCGUCUGCCCCACCCGAGCUCACCGCUUCGCGCCAGUCCUUGCGAAUGUCUGUUGGCAACGCCGGCGAGUUCUUCGUGGAUGUCAUGUGACUUCCAAGCCAAAGCGUAGUGGACGAGGCCUGGAUGUCCCAACAGCGUGGAUGCGAGAUCCUGUCGUUCGUAUGCGCGCUGUGAGGAAGAAGGAAAAAAAAGUAGUCUCCUGUGCUUCUCUUCUUAGUAGUUGUGGUCAUACUUUCUUCAGUGAAGAAACACUUCCACUCCUACUGAUGUCACACUAAAAUUGUCAACUCGUUAUACUGAAAAAAAAGCACGCUAUUGACAGUGAUAGACGUCCAAUCAUUUGGCUCUUCAAAGUGACCGUAUUUGUCGCACUAUAAGGCGCACCUUCAACGAAUGGCCUAUUUUAAACUUGUUUCCGGAUUAUAAGGCGCGCUGUCGGCUUUUGAAAAAAUUUAAGGCUUUUAGGUGCGCCUUAUAGUGCAGAAAAUGAGGUAAAUUAAAGCUCUCUAAAUGAGUUUAUCACUUACAGAUGUCCAGUCCAUUUGAAGUGAAAGGUCUGCCAGCAAAUGAAAAUUAGUUCAUAAGCUGCCAACCCUCCCACUUUAUUUGAUUUAACGUCUAGCGCUGUCAGUGGCAGGCAAUUAAGUUAUUAUCAGCAUUUUCUACUUAUCGUUAGGAUUAGGGCCACUGACAGUAUUGGAUGUCUUAUCCAUUUCGAGUAUGAGGGGCGAAUGAACAGAAGUGACCUGGGAAUUCACCAAAACCAACAGAAAGUGACAAAGAAAUGCCCUAAAAUCAACAGGAAAUCAUCCAAAAUGUACAAGAAGUGACCAAUGAACAGGAACUGACCUGAAAAUGCCCUAAAAUCAACACAAAAUGUACAGGAAUUGACCCAUAAAUGCCCUAAAAUCAACAGGGAAUGAUCUAAAAUGUACAGGAAGUGACUUAAAAUCAACAGGAAGUGACCAAUGAUCAUCUGGCCACCCAGAAAUGCCCUUAAAUCAUCAGGAAAUGAUCCAAACUGUACAGGAAGUGACCAACAACUGACCCGGAAAUGCCAGAAAAUCAACAGGAAAUCAUCCCAAAUGUACUGGAGGUGACCACGUAAUGUUUCAAAAUCAUCAGAACGUUACCACGAGUGCUUCAAAACAGGACAAGUGACACAAAAAUGCCUAAUGUACUGAAAGUGACCAAGAAAUGCCCUAAAAUCCACAUGAAAUUGCCCAAAAUGUGCAAGAAUUGACCCAAAAUUAAUAACUCAUUGCCUGUCAUCGACAGGAUAGACCACUCAGGGUCAAAUUAAACGUCUAGCACUGCCAAUGACACCCGAUAAAUUAACAAGGAAAAUGGAAAAAUAGAACUAUGAAGAGUAGUGCAUAAUCAACAAAUUAAUCCUUGGUGACCUGUUAUAGUGCAAAAACAAUUGACCGAGUGUGGAUUUUUCAAUAACACUAGGCCACCUUUGCUCAAGAUGGAACCAAAGCGCCUGUCAGUCUGGAAGAGUUAGUACAAGUACACACAGAUGGCGACGAUGACUCAGCGCUUUUCUACGUGGAUGUUCAUUUGUUUUUCCUCUUUGCCUGUCUUCCUUAUCUUAACAUCCUCUGACCUCACACAAAAGUCCAGGACAGAACUAACUAAACAGAACAAAAGUCGUACGAACACUAACCACGUUCGGAUUUAAAUGUUUGCUUGACUUAUGAGAGAAGGAGAAAAAAAAUGGGAAUGUUUUAUCUCGUGCGUUGUUGAUCACGGCUAAUUUUUUUUAUUUGACAAUGCAAAUGGUGUGAGUUUAAGAGUCGUCUGUACACUACAUCAUUACGUUGCCAUCUCCUAACCCGCAUUUUUUUUUUUAGUUUUGUCUUGUUGCAAUGUAUAGUGAUCAAAAGAAUCUUUCCAUGCCUUUCACACUACUCUUUUAUCAAGGAAAUGCCUUUUUAUUUAUAAAUAUAGUUUUAUGACUUAACAAUGGCUCUUGUUUGUAUUUGUGCGUUUGCCAAACCACAUUAUUCAAAUAUGUAUUUUGGAGCAGAGUACUUACAGUGGUAUGAAAAACUAUCUGAACCUUUUGGAAUUUGUCACAUUUCUGCAUAAAAUCACCAUCUAAUGUGAUCUGAUCUUUGUCAAAAUCACACAGAUGUAAAAGUGCUUUAACUAAAACCACCCAUUUAUCGGUUUUCAUAUUUUAAUGAGGAUAGCAUGCAAAAAAUGACAAGGGGGAUAAAUAAGUAAGUGAACCAUCACAUUUAAUAAUUUGUGCCGCCGCCCCCCCGGCAGCAAUAACUUCAACCAGACGCUUCUUGUAGCUGCAAAAAUAAGUACACACAAUGAUUGGUUUAAAGCAGCCCUGCCCACUAUAAAACACACACCUGGUAAGAAUUGUCUUGAUGAGAAGCAUUGUCUUAUGUGCAUCAUGGCUUGAUCUAAACAGCUGUCUGAAGACCUGCGAUCAAGGAUUGUUGAUUUGUAUAAAGCUGGGAAAGGAUACAAAACCGAAAGUCUGGAUGUUCAUCAAUCAACAGUCAAAGAACUUAUCUACAAAUGGCACUGUUGUUUCUCUCCCAAAGAGUGGCCGUCCACCAAGGAUAACGCGGAGAUUCCAGUGCAGAAUACUGAAAAAUAACCCUAGAGUGUGCGCGAAAGACUUACAAAAAUCACUGGCCCAGUCCAAGUGAUAGGAGGACUUCACAGAGGAAGCCACUGAUGUCUUAGACCAAAAAAAAAAAAAAAAAAAAAAAAAAGCUGCUCGUUUAAUGUACGCAGAAAGGCACUUAGACACUCCACAUAAGUUUUGGGCAAAUGUUUUGUGGACUGAUGAAACCAAAGUUCAGUUGUUUCGGAGUAACACACAACGUCAUGUGUAGUGGAAAAAUGGAACAGCUCACCAACAUCAACUCCUCAUCCACACAGUGAAGCAUGGUGAAAGGGAGCAUCAUGAUUUGAGGCUGUUUGUUACCUGAAUGUUACUGAAGAAUGAAUUCAAAAGUUUAUCAGGAGGUUUGCAUGAAAAUCUGAGGCCGUCCAUCAGACAGUUGAAGCUAAAAAGAGGAAGGAUGCUGCAACGAUACAAUAAUAAAAAACGCAGACGUAAAUCAAAUUCAGAAUGGUUUCAGAGGAAACAAUACACGUUCUGGAGCGGCCAAAGCAAAGUCCAGACUAAAACCCCUUUUGAGACGCUGGGGCAUGACUUAAAGACAGCGAUUCAUCCCAGAAUUCCAGGACUCUGACUGAACAACGGCAGUUUUGUGGAGAAGAAUAGGCCAAGAUUAGUCCUGAAAGAUGUGCCAGACUGAUCUGCAGCUACAGGAAGUGUCUGGUUGAAGUUAUUGCUGCCAAAGGGGGUGACCACAAAGUAGUAAAUGUGAUGGUUCACUUGCUUAUUUUUCCCCCUUCUGUCAUUGUUUGCAUACAAUCCUCAUUAAUAUAAAAAACAUACAUUUUUGUUUGGUUUUAGUUAUAGACAGUGUUUUUCAUCUGUGUGAUUUUGACAAAGAUCAGAUCACAUUUGAUGGUGAUUUUAUGCAGAAAAGUGAGAAAUUCCAAAAGGUUCAGAUACUUUUUCAUACCACUGUAUGAGCAGGUAUGUAGUAGCUUCAAAGUUAAAUACAACUGAACUGUGGUGGAUUGAAAAUAAAGUGCUGUUUGCGGGGGGUGGGAACUAAGUACAGUACAUACCAGAUAUAUAGUGGCAUUUACAACAGAUUGCAAAAAUUCAACCCCUCGAUGCCAGAAUAUACAUUUGACAAAUAUCAAAAAGCAUUGUACAUAUAUGUGUAUAUGUUUAUGAAGUGUAGUAUAUGAAAUGAACAAUAAUUUGGAAAUAUAGAUGUAUGUAUAGGAAAAUGUAAUACCUAAAAUUAUAAAAUAUUUUUAAAAAUAUACAUAUUAAAUGUUUUUUUUAAUGAUCAUUUUAUACUUAAUUUUUUCAUCAUUUUGAUUUUACAAUUUUUUUAACCCUUUAAUGCCUGUUGUUCUGAAUUAGUCCGAUCAAAGCAGCAUCAAUGCUUUUUUUUUUUAACCAGAGAUGCCUGUUGUCACUAAUUUGCAUCUUACAUGUUUUUUAUUGUUUCUUUAAAUUCAUGUACAGGGAUCCCUCACUAAUUCGCGCCCUCAGUCCAGCAAGGAUUUUUUUCAAUAAAAAAAUUAACUAAUACAGUAUUUUAUUUAAUAAUGUUAAUGUUUAAUAAUAAAGCUAAAUGCAAAUAUACAUGUACAAAUCAGUUUUCUUUUAUAUAUAUCCAUUUUAUACUUUAUAUUUGCAGUGCUUAAAAAACAUUUAUUAAAAUAUACAUCUUGCGGAAAACACACAGGUGACCUGAAGUUCCGCUCUGAAAUCCUCAAUUUGGCCAAAUUUCAAAAUUGUUCUAUAUGCAUGUGUGAUACAUCAUCUGAAACCUUAAAAUCUCAAUUUUCUGGGGUAAGAAAAAAUUUGAAAGACACCAUGAUUUUAACGAGAUAGUAUAGCGUACUUACCUUGUUUCAAUCCAAAAACUCCGUGUAGCAUGUCUCACUCAGUGUCAAGACACAGCUGUGAAUGGCCACAGCUGGACUUUGUAGGGACUUUAUGGUUGAAACAGUAAUAUAACAAGGGUCACAACGCAGAAUUCGCAGACAUCUAAGAGUGGUCGAGAUUUUCUUUUUCAAAUAUUUACCCUUUUAAAUGUUUUUUUUUCCUCCGAUUUUUGUCUUUGUUUGGAUCGAUUAUUUAUCAUGUAAAAUAUCGGGGAAAUGCCACAGUUACAAAAAAAUAAUAAUAAUAAUACAAUUAAGCGAUACUUAUGGGUAGAUAUCCAUGACCUAUUUCCAGACACUAUUUUUUUUCAUUUUGACGUAAUUUGUUUAAAGGUUUAAAAUAUUCGAGUGAAUUAAUGAUUCUAAGCUAAAAAUGAUAAUAAAAUUACUUACCUUCUUUUUAUGCCUGGGUUGAAACAAAAGCGGUUGCACGGUGUCUGUAAACGGGGGUCUCUAGGGUAAAACGGAUAAAUUAAAAAUACUUAAGGGGCGUAAUACGCCAUGAAACCCCUAUGGCAGCAUAUAGACAUAUUUUCCAUCAAACACAACAGUUAUUGUGGCUUAAGAUACAGCAGUUUCUUUUAAAGAGGGGUUCAAGAGCAGAAACUGCUUUUUCAGCCUUGUCUGUGUUUUCAGCCAUAUACAUGUUUUUUGUUGUUGUUGUUAACUAUACUUUGGGGGAAGAAAAGUGAAAAAAAGUCAUAUAUUUGUAGUGCUGUUAAAGCUAAAUACAUUUAACACACACGCAUUAAAAAGAUUUUUUUUUUAAACGUAAAUAAGUUUCGCCUCUACUUCGUGGAUUUUCGCAGUGGGGGCGGUCCCCAUCAACCGCAACCACUCUUUGAUAUCUGCGAGUUCUGCAUCGUAAUCCUUGUUAUAUUACCGUGUUUCAACCAUAAAAUCCCUACAAAGUCCAGCUGUGGCCAUUCACACUGUGUCUUGACACUCAUCUUUCGUAGAUUUUAAAUUUCCAUACGUAUUUUUUUUCAUUAAUACUAUCUUAUGAACUUAUGCAUUCUAUAGUGCUUUUUGUUAAAUAGAAAUUCAGGCAUUAUGGGGUUAAAAUUUGACACUGCAUUUUGAGAAUGAAUUCAUGCAAUUAUGUACUGCAAAAAUUGCACUUUUGAGUAGUUUUUUGGGGGGGCGGGUGCUUUUUAGAGUGUUUUAAAUUUUGGCUGUCGAAUAACACAAAAAUUCACCGUCGCAGUUUGUCUUUUUUUACUUACUGUUAGAACAACAGCUUUUUUUUUUUUUUUUUAAUUGAAACGACAAAUGCUGUACUUGCAUACGUAUAUCCAUACAUUGAAGAAAGAGAA